AUGGCGGGCAAGCAGACGUUGGCCAAUAAGUCUUGGUCUGCUAGAAACUCCAAAUUCCACAAGCUCAGCACCAUCGUCUGCUCCCCAGCUAGAUUGGCCUUGUUCCCUCUCCUGAUUAUCAGUUUCUCUAUACCUGGCCAGACUCGGUCACGCGACACUCCUCCUCCAUCUUCCUUUUCGCGUUGUGCGGUCCAACAACAGCUGGUCGAUUUGUCCCCGAUCCGAGCGCUCAUCGCAUCUGCAAACUCGCCUGCCCUGUAG